AUGUUUUACCGUUAUAAAAUGCCUAAACUUGCAGCUAAAGUUGAAGGUACAGGUAAUGGUAUUAAAACUGUUUUGGUUAAUGUAACCGCAAUUGCUAAAGCUCUCAAUCGUCCACCAACUUAUGUAACUAAAUUUUUUGGCUGUGAAUUAGGUGCACAAGUACAAAUGAAUGCAAAAGAAGAUCGAUAUAUUGUCAAUGGAGCACAUGAUUGUGAAAAAUUACAAAAUUUACUUGAUGGUUUUAUUAAACGAUUUGUACUUUGUCCAAAAUGUGACAAUCCCGAAACGAAAUUAAGUGUACGUAAACGAAAUGGUGGUGAAAUCCUUCAAGUAUGUGCUGCAUGUGGUUAUUCAGGUACAAUUAUAAUGGCAUCACAUAAAUUAACAACAUACAUUGCAAAAAAUCCACCAGAUGCAGAAACAAAAAGUGAAACAGCACCAGAAACAAAAACAAAAGAUCGAUCAAAAAAUAAGAAAAAUUCAAAUCAAACAAGUGGUACUAAUCGUGAUUCAGAUGAAGGAAGUCCAAAUGAAUCUAAUGGAAAAACAAAUGGAGCAUCAAAAAGUGGUGGUGGUGAUGAUGAUGAUCAUGAUGAUGAAGAUUGGGGUGAUGAUUUAUCAUCAGCUGUAGCAGAAUUAAAUCAUCAAAUCAAAGGUAUGAUUCAAACUGAUGAUCUAGAUAAACCAUUACCUGAACGUUGCGACCAAUUUAAUCGUGUUGUUGAAAAAAAGAAAAAUGAACGAAAAUUAAAUGAUAUUGAUACAAUUAAAGAUCUCGUUGCCGAAGGUGAACGUUUAGAAAUCAUGGAACAAGCUCCAUUUAUUGUUGGACAAUGUGUAUUUACAGAAAAUAUUUUAAAAGAAAUCGAUGAAUAUAAAUUAUUAUUAUCUAAAUUAUGUUCGAAAAAUGCUAAAGGACAAAAAUAUUUAUUACAUGCACUUGAAGCUUUAAUUUUUGAUCAUGAAGAAAUUCGUGCUAAAAUUUUCAAUAAGAAAACUAUGUCAAAAAUUUUAUUAAAAUUUUAUGAUGAAGAUAUUAUUGAAGAAGAUACAUUUUAUGCAUGGCAUGAAAAAGCUUCAAAACGUUUUGCUAAUAAAACAAUAGCAAAAGAAAUUCGUGAAAUGUCUAAUGAAUUUAUACAAUGGUUACGUACAGCUGAAGAAUCAAGUGAUGAUGAUGAUGAUGAAGAUGAUACAGAUAAAUUAGCGGAACCAGAAAUCGAUUUUUCACAUGCAGCUGGUAGUGGUCUUGAAGUUAAAGUUGAACCAGUUAAUAAGCCUCCUGUUGAUCAGAAAAUUGAAUAUGGUGGAGAAAUAUUUGAUGUCGACAAUAUUUAA